CACUGAAGUCCACAAAUUAAGGCUGCAUGCAGGUGCUGCCGUAUCACUCCUGGUGAAUCCUGCUGCACCUUAUCUGCGCCACCCGCGUUUACUGCUCGAAAGAUGAUUCCUAAUCGGGUGAGAUAAAGCAGCCAUGAGGCUCACAAACCAAAACACUGACUAAUACACCCGUGCGUCACUGUUUAAAGUUGGGGCUCGAAAGAUAAUACCGCAUUCGGACUAGCGUCUCUCAAAGGGACUAUGGUACUUCCACCAGUUACUCCUCGAACUUGAACUUCAUCCUUCGUUGAACUUCAUUCUUCGUCGAUAGUCAACUCCGCUGUGGAACCAGAAGCAACACGCUAUUCUCCCGUUCUUCGUUUGCCAUGAUGGAGUCGAAAGUGGACACUGAUUCUCAGGCUCCUACCUUGAACAAAGGCUCGCAAGAUCACUUACACGACGAUUCAAACCCACAAUUAGGAAGGUUGGAAAACGGUGACCUCGAGAAGAACAACGUUGCAGAGCCCCCAUCAAAGCAGGCGCAAAAUUCAGCUCCCGCUGGACAAGAUCCAAACGAGUUCCCGGAUGGCGGCUUUCAGGCAUGGUUCUGUAUUGCAGGAGGAUUCUGUACCGUAUUUUCAAGUUUUGGCUGGGUAAAUUGUAUUGGCGUUUUCCAGGACUACUACCAAGCCAACCAGCUCUCCUCGUAUUCGCCAAGUACCGUGGCAUGGAUCCCAGCAACAGAAUCAUUCAUGCUCUUCUUCUUCGGUUUGUUCUCCGGCAAGCUAAGUGACAGCUAUGGUCCGCGAUGGCCGUUGCUUGUGGGAUCAUUUAUGCAUGUUUUUGGAUUGAUGAUGCUCUCAAUAUCCACCGAGUACUAUCAAAUAUUUCUUGCCCAAUGUAUCUGCAGUGGAAUUGGAACGAGUUUCCUGUUCUACCCUACUAUUGCUGCGGCUGGAACGUGGUUCAAGAGACACCGAGCACUCGCAUUCGGCAUCAUGGUGUCUGGUUCCAGUAUGGGCGGUGUCAUACUUCCAAUUAUGGUCCAGGAAUUGAUUGGGGAAGUCGGAUUUGGAUGGGCAAUGCGUAUCACUGCAUUCCUUAUCCUUGGGCUGCUAAUCUUCGGCAACAUCGCAGUCAAGUCUCGUCUACCCCCUAAGAAAAAGCCGUUCACCUUCAAGGAGUAUUUCAUGCCGUUCGCCGAAAUACCAUUCCUACUUCUCGCUAUUGGUUCGCUCUUCGUCUACAUCGGCGCAUUCUUGCCUUUCAACUUCAUCAUUGUUCAGGCGAAGCAAGCUGGCAUGUCGACCAGACUCGCGAACUAUCUCGUUCCGAUCAUCAAUGCAGCGAGUGUCUUCGGUAGAAUCUUCCCUGCUCACCUUGGAGAUGUGUAUGGUGUGUUCAACGUCUGCAUCAUUUUCACGUUGUUUAGCGGAGUCAUAAGUCUUGCUCUGUGGCUACCAGCAGCUUCCAACGCUCCAAUCAUCGUCUUUGCAGUGCUGUACGGAUUUGUGUCGGGCUUGACACUUGCCAUCAUUCCUGCUUUGGUGGCUUCGAUAUCCGAUAUCCAAAAGCUGGGCUUCCGCGUCGGCGCGCUCUAUGCUUUCUCUUCAUUCGGUGCUUUGUUCGGCAGCCCAAUUGCUGGAGCGAUUGUGACUUCACAGAAUGGGGGCUACUCCGGCCUCAAGAUCUUUUGUGGUGUUAUGCUGAUCGCGGGUGGUGUGUUCAUCGCUUUCUCGCGGGUCAUAUUAGUAGGUCCUGGACUGCUGGUCAAGAAGUGAGUGACGUGUUUGGGUUCAUGUAUAUUAGAAUGAAAACUCGGUGAGCAUAUUAAUGAGCGUCAGAAGGAAGCGUCAUGGCAUAUUAAGGCGCAGGUGGAGCAACAGUCUGACUUUCAAAACAACAAUUGGGGAUUCCAUGGGAUUUGUUUAGUGGAGAAGUCUCCUUCGAUUCUUCUCUGUAAAAUAAUGUACUCUUUCUCACAGUCAUUGACGACAGAUGCUUUGGACAUUGAUCGGUAUUGCUCACCGUCAAUUAUUGAAUAUUGAUUACAGUAGCGGGGCGAAGUGAAUACAAAAUUUUGAACGCCAAA